AUGGCCGCCCCACGUGGGAUCUUCUGGCAUCGUUAUGCCGACCCGCAGUUUGGCCCAAUCGAAGCACUUACGCAACAGAGCAUGCUGGACAUGAUAUCUAUUAUCAAAGGAAAUGAAGACCUUGUCCUGGGAUUUGCGAACUACGGCGUCACGAGCCAGGAGCUUACCAACUAUGUAACCACCAUCCCACAAGUUGAUAUUCAAGGUGGAGCUGCUGUGCCGAUGGACCAAACGCUGCGUGAAUGGGUCACUGCGUACAUUGCCACCCACGCAGUAUGGGAAACCUUUGGUAACAUCCCGUGGCAGGACGCGUGGAGCACGAACGAGUUGGGCCAAAUUUGUGGCGCGCUUGGGGUGCCCGCCUACGGGACGAAGGGCCAGAAGUAUGCCAGAAUUCUCACCCAUGCGGCAAACAAUCCACCAGCCGUCCCGCCAGUAUUUACUGCGAACGCCGGCCUGUACUCGUGCGGAAAUGACCAGUUCAUUUGGCCGGGACAACUACUUCCGGGGCCAGUAGGACAGAUGCCAGUACCAGUGGGCCCGGCGCAACCACCUCCUAUGCUGCCCCAUCCACUGCCGCCGGUAGUGGUGCAACAGCCAGCGAUCACACAACAGCAGUUGAUGGACAUGUUGAAGAACCUGUUUGGACAAGGCUCUACCGCCAUGAACGCGCCGCCGGUGGUUAACGGUAUUGCGGCCGACCCGGCAACUGUACACAACCGACCGACCCAGAAUUUAUUCGGCAUAUUGGGUAUGGAUGGCUUUAUGGACCAUGAUCAACCGGGACCUAUUCAGCCAAACCAGUGGUACAGCGCGAGGAACCCAAACGGGAUCCACCCACCGGGACACCCGAAUGAAGCAUACGAAACGGUUUACGGCCUGUACUCGGACCCUCAGACGCCGGCUCAAGUCGCCCUUCUUGGGCAAGCCGCACCACCGCAUACGGAGCACAACUACAUCAUCACCUGGAUGGCGCGAGGAGGUGCUGUCCAGAUGUAUGCUAACAUGAUGCGCGAUACGGACUGGCAAUGCCACCUGGCUAAGUCGAUAACCAUCGCGCAACUGGGCAUCGCACCGCAGGCGCUGCAGAGGCAGAAAUUCGAAGUGGUCGCAAAAUACAUGCAUGUUAGCCAAGCGACCAUGGCUUACUUCUUGCUAACCAAGGUCGAGACGGAUCUCGCUCUAGGCCGCCAAGCACUCGUGUUUCUCAUGAUCAACGGCCUUGAAGCGGAAAAAUCUCUCUUCCUCCGCUACGUGACCUACGACGAACUGCAAAAGGACUUGAAGAACUUCAUCGCCUACAAGGAAGUCGCAGGUCCAACCAUGCGCAUGAUGGAAAAAUUCUACCAAAAUCUUUACAAGGCCGCCCGCAGCAAAGUGUUACCCAACCUGCCUAUGUCAUUUUGGAAAGGCUGGGAGGUGGACAAGCUGUGGAAACUGGAGGCGCAGAUACAAAACGAGUUCGCAGGACACGAGCAGGUCGAGGUCGCCGUCUCUUACCUGGACGCGAACGCAUUCGCACAAGAAACGAGCAAGACUAUCCUAGAGAAGCUCCUGAUCUACGUCGGCGAAGCGACGUCAGAAACGGAAGCUAUGCGCAUCACGGCCUCCUAUAAUUUUCUUCUGAAUGGCCUUGAUAAAACCGAAACUGUGUUCCACAUCGUGCCCCUCCUCAUGUAUUUCAAGAUCAAGGGCCACACGGCGCAGCAAAACAAGGACGUGAUCCAGUACUUAGCCACGAACCAUUCCGUCUUCACCACCGAGGUCGAGAACCGCAAGAAACGCUACGGAGCAGCAAAGCGCGCAACGCUGUCACGGAACGACGGGUCUGCUCCCCCGCCGCUGAAGCAACGCAAAGCCGCACACGAAGACGAGACCCCACCGGCAGCAUCUCCCGGUGCAAAUCACGCUGACACGCCUAGGACUCGCCCAGGAGGAGCAGACGCCGGUGCCACUACAGACACAUUAGCGGCGCAAACCGAUGCCGCCAAGAAGGCACAAGCGAACCGCGAAGCAGCAAGAGCUGCCUGGGACGCACGACCGAAGAAAGUCGUGAAGUAUGCCGACCUGGAUCAGAGCUUCACCGGAAGCGACCCGGUCAUGGGGCGCGACUACGGCCAAAAAGUUGACGUCACCAUGAACGGCUGGGUCGUAGACAAAAAUAGCGGCCGCAUCGAACCAUGCAUCCUUGCAGAGCGCGCGCAACUAAAUUUCGGACUACAAGCACGGGACUGCGCCCCAUUCCACUUAACGGGCAAAUGCGCCUUCGGAAACGCGUGCAGCUUCACCCACAUGUGGGCGAGGGGCGGUGAGAAAACCUGGAAAGAGGUGAUCCAACUACAAAAUAAGGCCCAACGCAAAGGCCGCGGAAAAAAGGGAAAGUAA